AUGGCUCACGUUCACGCCUUCUCCGAAGCUAACAAGCAGUAUGCGGCUGCAUAUCCUGCUGAAUACACGUCGCUGGCGAUGCCGCCCAGUCGCAAGGUCGCCGUAGUCACUUGCAUGGACGCACGCUUAGAUCCACUUUCAGCGCUGGGUAUCAAGUUAGGCGAUGCGCACGUCAUCCGCAAUGCCGGCGGUGUUGGGCAGGAUGCUCUGCGUAGCCUAGUUAUCUCACAACGUCUACUCGGCACGCGCGAGAUUGCCGUCUUCCAUCAUACCGACUGCGGCAUGCUCACGUUCACAUCCGACCAACUACGCACAAUUGUCAAGGAUCAAACGCCCGCGGCGGGCCCUCUUGUCGAUGCAAUUCCGACGUUCCAUGAAUUCAGCGACCUCGAUGCGGCGGUGAAGAACGACGUGAAACUACUCAAAGAGAGCCCUCUGAUCCUUGACGAGACUGCCAUCACUGGUUGGAUACAUGAGGUGGAGACGGGCAAGGUCCGUCAGAUCGUGUAA